AUGGCUGUAUGUGAUUGGGACAUGUGUUUUACUUUUGUCAUUGCGGGAUGGGAAGGUACAGCUCAUGACGCCCGAGUAUUUGAUAAUGCCAUAUCAACUCCUUCAAUGCAUUUUCCGCAUCCACCUCCAGGUAAAUAUUAUUUGGUUGAUUCUGGUUAUCCAACACUAAAUGGGUAUCUUGGUCCAUAUCGUUGCGAAUGUUAUCACCUUCCAGACUUCAGGAGAAAUUCAAUUACUGAUGAGCAAUUUAUUCAAGCUGAAGAUGAAAGUGUAGAUGUCCUUGAGGAAGAUAUCGAUAUUGGUGAGGCAUCCUCGUCAAAUCUACCCGGAUCAUCAAGACAGAUGCAGUAUGUUCGUGAUAUAAUUAGAGACCAGCUUGUAAAUCAUAUCAAUUGA